GGUUUUAGGUCUUCCAAUAAAUUCACAGCUUUAUUUCUUCCUCGAUUCAUUGCCGCUUUCUUAGUAGGCUUCUUGUCAAAGACCGGCCAUCUCCACGAGCGGCGGCAAAUCUCCUCUGUGGCUUCCGACGAUUGCAAGUCGCUAUAGUAGAAAGCUGGUUUUUUAAACCGGAGACACAAUGAGGUUGGAGAAGUGUUGGUUCUGCUCCUCUACUAUAUAUCCUGGACAUGGUAUCCAGUUUGUUCGAAAUGAUGCAAAGAUUUUUCGAUUUUGUAGAUCCAAAUGCCAUAAGAACUUUAAAAUGAAGAGAAACCCGCGCAAAGUAAAAUGGACCAAGGCCUAUAGGCGGUUGCAUGGAAAGGACAUGACACAGGAUGCAACCUUUGAGUUUGAAAGAAAGAGGAAUAGGCCUGAGAGAUAUGACAGGAAUCUUGCUGAGAAUACUUUGAAGGCUAUUAAGAAGAUCGAUAAAGUCAGAUCUGAUAGGCAAGCCAAACACAUUGAUAAUAGGUUGAAGGUCAGGAAAACCAAAGAGAGGAAAGAGGCAGAAAAAGAAUUGCAGCAAAGUAUCCAUUUGGUCAAAGCUCCAUCAGCUCUUCAAGAAGAGCCCUCACUCACUUUACCCAAGCUCAAGGUCAAGGUCUCUCAAGAACAAACCCAGGAAAACCAAGCAAUGGAGGAAUAAUUUUGUUGCUAGUCUAUUUGGUCGCAUUGAAGCUUUUUGCAAUGGUCAUUUUCUCUUUCUUUUGUCCUGUUCUUUCUUUGUGAGAAGCUUGGGAGGAUACUAGAGUUUUACUGCACUUGUACUUGCAGCUUGCCUUAGUAUUUUGAUAUAUAGGGGAUGUAACAGAAGGUGAUGUGUUUUUGCUUCUCUCUUUUUGACGAAGACGAUGAUAUUGAAUGAUAAUGGAACUAGUUAAUAUAACUAUUCUAUAUUUUCUUGGCUUUUGUCA